UUAAGGUGAAUUGCUGGGAAUGGAGCACCUUUACAGCCAGACCGGCAAAACCCUGAUUCCGGUGCUCCAGAACCCAGAGGAGGAAGACAGGCUGGUGGAGGAAGUAGAUGAUGAGGAUCUACAAGAUGACAGGUUUGAGGAGGAGAUCAUGGAGGACAUCACAGUUCCAGUGCUGUAUGAGGAUGACCCCUGCCGUGAUCUCAGAAACAGCCCCUCAUCUUCGCCUCUGCCUCAGUCCCCAGCAUCACUGGCUGAGCCGUCCACAUCAGCUGGUGGAGAAGGACAGCUUCCUAGCCCAGCCCCCUCAGUGCCGUCACAGCCAUCCAAGUCUGGAGACAGUCUCUCUGUUGAGGCUCAGGGAGUAGUCAUUGGACCUGAUGGCAUUGCUGGGUGGGACAAGGUGCAGGAUCUGGCUGCUUAUUUGGUAGGUCUUCGUGAGGCUCCUUACCUCACUGACCUGCAGGUGACAGAGGCCAUCCAGCUGUGGACAGCUCUCCUGGAUGUUGAUAAACAGCGCAUCAACUACCAGCCUCGACAUCAGCCUCAGCUGACACAUGGGCGCUUUAAGGCACCGAAGCGCUCCGGAGUCACUCCAGGUGUGGAGAGCGUCAAGCGCUGUCUGAUUGGACAUCCUGAGGGUCCCUGUGCCUAGCACCAGCCGCUUGGUUGAGGCCAUUUGUACAAAGCUGUGUGCCGUACACAAGUCCACUUCCAAGAAGGCUUGUGUUCGCACGCACAGGUGGUCUAAAAUACUGACCGAUUACCACCACAUCCGGGAUCUGGUGCUUGGCAGUCGCAGGCUGAUGGAUGAAACAGUGAUCCAGCUUUUUGAGCUACAUCAGAAGACGCUCAUUCAGUGGUAAGCAAAGCACAUUAUUUUCUUUAAAUUACCUGAAUACUUCCAAAUUAAUAUAUAU